GAGCCAGCGACGUGCAGUGCGGCGGUGUGGUGUUUCCAGACCUUCUCACGCAUCCAUCGCCUUCGUCUGGGUCCAAUCUUGAGUCGUGAAUCGCAAGUCUUCCUCUCCGCGUUCCAGCACAUCCACCCUCUGCACCUUCGACUACGGCGACGACAGCAUCUAGAUAGCUCGUAGAAUCUCACCCCACCUCGUCUCUUGGUCGAUCGUCAGUCAUGUACGGCCAGCAGUAUGGUGGCCAGCCCGGCCAGGGCUACAUGCAACCCCAGCCGACUGGUUAUCCAGGACAACAAUUUCAAAGACCAAUGGCGACUGGUAUGCCACCUCAACACGCCCAACAGCAGCAGCAGCAGCAGCAGCAGCAACAGCAACAGUUCAUGCAGCCUCAAGCAACUGGCAUGAUGGGCGUGGGCAUGGGCAUGGGCAUGGGCAUGGGCAUGGGCAUGGGAGGUCCAGGAAUCGCUCAGCAACGCAUGGGUGGACCUGGCGGAUCCAACAUGUUGGGUCCAGGUGGUAAUGGUAUGCUGGGAGCUCCACAACCCAAUCGCUUCCUCUCCCCUUCGCCUGGCUUGCAACCUCAAGCAACUGGCAUGAGCAUGGGUAUGGGCAUGGGUCCGAGACCAGGGAUGGGUGGCUUACAACCCCAAAUGACUGGUUAUCCUGGUGCUGGAGGGAUGCAACCACAAAUGACUGGGAUGAUGCACCCACAAAUGACUGGACUACCCAUGGACCCUCGCAUGCAACUCAUGAGUCAGCAAUUCUUGCCCGCUGCUCAACCUUAUAGCGGCGGAGCUCCACUGGUCCAGAACAUGAACUUCAGCAACGCCUCCAUGCAGCCUUCCAACUUCCAGUCCAGCAUUCAAAACCUUUCUCAACAGCAAGCAGGUACCAGAGAACCUCGAAUCCCUUGGGCUCUGAGCAAAGAGGAACGCAAAUCGUACGAUGCAAUCUUCAGAGCUUGGGAUCAGCAGGCUACUGGCUUCUUGUCCAGCGAUGUGGCCCGUGAAGUGUUCGAGCAGAGCGGUCUGGACCGGGAUCGCCUGAUGCAGAUUUGGCACCUCAGCGACACUGAGAACAGGGGCAAGCUCAAUCUGGCUGAAUUUCAUGUUGCCAUGGGUUUGGUGUAUCGCGCACUCAAUGGUAACGACAUUCCAAACGAGCUACCGCCCGAGCUCAUUCCCCCAUCCUCCAAAGACCUCAACGAGAGUGUCGACUUCUUGAAAGAUCUCUUGAAGCGUGACACAAACGUUCGCAAUACUACCGGACUCAACAUUCCGGAAGCUGGCAGCAAUGCGACGACGGCCUACGGCAAGACGAGGUCAUUCCACGAGAAUCCCGUUGCGCCUGGUGCGGGUGGUGUGCCAAAGAAGGACGCCACUGCAUUCAAAAAUGACGACACCUCAGCUUCGGGCUACAAGUCCAGCUCGCGUCAUUUGGACCGCCGAGCAGUCAGGUACGAAGGUCAGAGCGCUCACGAUGAGCUGAACGAGAUGAAGCGUCAAACCCAACGCAUGCUGGACAACGACGAUUCUCGUGACGAUGAGGAUGAGACGGAGACUCGCGAACUCGAGCGAGAGAUGGAAGAGUUGCGCUUCCGUAUUCGUCGAGUUCAGGACGACAUCGAGUACUACAAGAAGCGUCCGGGCAGAGAAGCCAACGAGUCUCGUCGUAAAGCCGAGCGCGAGCUUUUGCACCUGCAUCAUGAACGGCUUCCUCAGCUGGAGAAGCGCUUGGAAGCGAAGGAGGACCGCAAGCGUGACCGUCGUCUCAACGAGAGCAGAGCUCGAGAUCGGCGCAAUGAAGGUGCGUAUGGUCGAGGAUCCGACUAUCGCGACAGCGCCCGAAGCAGUCCCAGGCCAGACUCCAGAAACGACUCCUACUCUCGAAGUCGAUAUGACGACGAACGUGCGGAUCGCGACGACUAUGGCAGGCGCGACAGGGACAGGGACAGGUAUGAUGACCGCGAUGAUCGGUACGGACGCGAUCGCGACGACCGCUCUCGCAACUCUCGACCGUCUUCCGCCGGUGCUUCUCCUGCUGUGGAGCGUGCGCCUUUGCCACCUCCCGUGCCUGCCGCACCAGCAAGCGCUGCAGCUCCACCGCCGCCUCCUCCUCCCGUCGCUGCCGCGUCGCCUGCACCAUCCGGUCCUCCCAAAUUCGCCACUCCAGAAGAGAGACAAGCAUGGGUCCGUUCUCAGGCUCAAGCCCGCAUCGAAGCGCGCAUGCGCGCUCUUGGCGCAGUUGCACCGUCAAGUUCGGGUCCAGACACGUCAGUAGAGGCAAGGCUCGCUGCUGACAAGGCUGAAGCUGAGGCACGCAGUGCUCAAGCUGAUGCUGAGGCUCUAGCUAGGGAAGAGGCGCGCAAAGCUAGACUGGAAGAGCAGCGACUGGAACGGGAAAAGCAAGCUCUUGCUGCUGUGAAAGCGGAGACUCAAGCGCAAGAGAGCUCUUCGGCCCCUCCACCUGCUCCCGUGACGCAAGCGCUGAAGGAGGAGAUCGACGAUCAAGAGGAGAUGAUCAAGCGUCGCGAAGAGGUGCUCAAGAAAGAGAAGGCAGAGCGUUUGGCUCGUUUGGCAAAGCUUGAGGAGGAGGAAGCAGAAGCGAAGAAACAAGAAGAAGCUUUCAAGCAGAAGCAGAACUUGUUCAAACAGCCAUCCUCUGCGUCACAGUUGCCAGCGCCUAGCCGCAAAAAGGGAGGACCUCCACCUCCUCCGCCUACUCGCAAGGGCGCACCCCUUCCCCCGCCCACUGCACCCUCUGCGCCAGCAGCUGCUGCUCCGCCUCCUCCACCUCCUCCUGCGGUCGCUGUCGCCCCACCUGCCCCACCUGCCCCUCCCGCCGCAUCUGCUUCUCCUAGUCAGUCGCCUGCGGGCGCAACGAGCAACAACCCCUUCCAUCGAAUGCAGCCCGGCACGGCAACGACGCCAGGCGCGGGAGCGCCCAGCGGCAACCCGUGGGCUGCAGCAGGUGCAGCUGUCUCGAACGGUCUGCCUGCACCUUCAAGGCAAAACGUCCCCGCUGCAUCGACCGCUCCUGCAGCUGCGCCUCGCAAAGCACCGACACAUGACGAUGAUUGGGGAGACUCCGACAAGGAGGAAGAGGAGGAAGCUGAUGCGCCUGGAUCGAGCUCGAGAGCUACGCGUCAGAAUCUUGCUGCUGCGCUCUUUAGCGGAUUGGUCCCGCAGGCUACUGGCAGGGCUACACCGCCAGCGGCACCUCCUGCUCCUCCUGCACCCGCUGCUCCAACUGCACCUACUGCCCCUGCGCCUUCAGCAAGUGGUCCUCCAGUGUUCGGUGCCCCUGCUCCACCCGCUCCGCCUCCUUCUGCUCCCGCGCAGCCCUUCGUGGCUCCUCCAGGUGACGCUGACAGAGGAGCGCUCCUCGGUCAAAUUCAAGGUGGUCUCAAGCUGCGCAAAGCUGUUACUGUUGAUCGAUCGGGAGCCCCUGGUGCUGGAGCAGUCAUCGGGGACGCCAGCGCGCCUGUGCAGAAGUACGUUCCUCCUCCCUCCCCGCCUGCGGCAGCGGAACCGCUUGCCGCACCAAUCGCACCACCUGCGGUUAGUAAUCCCAACAGGCAGUCCGUCGACUGGGCCAAUAAUCUCGCUGCGGACCAGAUGAAUGGUCAUCAUCCCAGCGCGGUUCCGGACGAACCUUCUGUCGCCGAGGAGCCCGAGGACAGCGGUGACGAUGAGGGACCGGAGGAUGCAGAAGCUGUCCUGAGUCCAUCUGGUGUAGUGGCGCCGGACUCGACCAUGGCUGCCGCUUCUGAAGUCAUUGGGACAGCGGCGGAUCCGGAAGACGCGACUGCGGACUUCGAUUUCACGCAGACUCUUCGUUGCCGAGCGCUGUACUCGUACGCGGCUCAGCGAGAGGAAGACGUGUCAUUUGAGGAGAAUGACGUCGUGCUUGGCCAUCCUGCGAAGGACGCUGGAGGCGAUUGGUGGUACGGAAGCGUACUCACCGGUGCCAAGGGCGUGAAGGGCACCUUCCCAAGGGCUUACGUGCAGAUCAUUCAGCCGACGCACGCGACCGCUGUCUACGACUUUGCGGGUUCUUCUCCCGAAGAAGCAAGCUUCACGACGGGUCAAGAGGUGAUCGUGGUGGAUCAGGAAGAUGCUGAUUGGUGGAAGGUAGACCAAGGAGAUCGGAUCUUGCUUGCUCCCGCCUCUUACUUGAGCCUCAGUGGUUAGUGUUGCACUGCUCUCGCUUGAUGGGCUUUCGCAAGCUGUGCUUGCAUGGCACGCUGCUGCAACAACGUGCUUGUUGGUCCAUCGCUCCACUGCUCUCCUGUCCCCUUCUGUACCUCUGUUCAUUCCGCCCGCUAGGGGGUUAGGUGUUUGCAUAGCUCCACAGCGUGUUGGGGGCCAGGAGGACGAAGGGGAAGGAGGAAGGACUUUCAUUUCCACGAUGCGUUGUUCUGACUGCAAGGCAGGGAGUGGUCCAGUCGAGCAGGCAGGAAGGAAAGAGUGGGGUC